AUGGCAGACUCUGACUCCGACGACUCAUUCCACUCUCUUCACGAAGAGAAAGAGGAAUCAAAACCACAAUCCGAACGAUUCACUCCCGAAGAAGAGGCAUCACUGCUCACAGCCUCCAACGAGCUCAAAACCACCGGCAACCAACAAUUCGGCUCAGCAUCCUACAGUUCCGCAAUACAAACCUACGAUCGCGCUCUCGCCCAAYGUCCCAAUUACCUCGACUACGAACUCGCCGUCCUCCGCUCCAACAUCGCAGCCUGCCAUCUCCAGCUCUCGGAAUGGAAAGAAGCCAUCGCCAGUGCUGAGAAAGGCAUAGAGGGACUAGACCGUCUGGAACCUCUCCCAAAACCAAAACCAACACCACAAACUACAGCAGACGGCAAGCUAGUACAAGAACAAGAAGGAGAAGAAGCAGGCACAAUCGAAGAAGUCACAGACGAAGAAGCAACUCGUAUAGAGACUCUGCGCUCUUCCAAAUAUACUCUAGACCAAAUCCGCAAACUCCAAACGAAAUUACUCCUCCGCCGUGCAAAAGCCAACACGAAUCUCUCCACCUGGUCCUCUCUUCAAGCAGCAGAUGAAGAUUACAGAAUGCUACUCUCUCCCCCAAUGGAGCCGUGUCUGUCACCCACGGAUAAGAAGACCAUUGUGCAAGCCGCACAGGCUUUGGCGCCGAGACUGAAUGCUGCAAAGGAUAAGGAAAUGGCGGAGAUGAUGGGGAAGUUGAAGGGACUGGGAAACAGUAUCCUCAAGCCCUUUGGAUUGAGUACGGAGAAUUUCAAGUUUGAGCAGCAGGCGGGUGGUGGGUACGCCAUGAACUUCGACCAGAAUGCUGGGAAGAAGUGA